AUGGCUGUGCAACCUCCCGAGGCCCCGUCCGGUUCCGGUUCAUCAACCGGAAUCGCUUCGAGGAAGCGCGGAAAUACAUCUAGCGACAGCGAGGACACUGAACUGUACUCCGCAUCUGCUGACGAGUCAUCGCAAGACGGCUUUGAACCUGUCUUGCACCGUAAAGCCAAGCGAAGGAUCGUCAAUGCAUCUUCGGUGUCAAGUUCGUUCACCGUAAAAACUGCACCUCAACGAUGGCCUCAUACCGUCCUGUUUGUGCCAGAGCACUCGACAGACAAUCUGCGCGUCCUCAACAGGCAAGCACUGUCUUUGUUUCUUGAGAACACUGUACCAAACGAGAUCAAGGAUGUGCUGUUGAUUGCCGCUGCCGCCACCACCGCCCUUGCCGGUUAUGCCCGGCCGGCGGCGCUGGCCGCUCCAGCUGUAGCAGCUCCCGUUCUCGCCGCGGCUCCAGCCCCAGCGGCGGCUGUUCUUGUCCAGCCAGCACACCCGUACAGCUUCGGCUACGACUCGAAGGACGAGUUCGGCACCCAUCAGUACCGCAACGAAGUGAGCGACUCGGCCAACCAAAAGCGUGGCAACUACGGCUACAAGGACGCCGGCGGAGUAUUCAGACAAGUCGACUACGUGGCCGACGGCGCGGGUUUCCGGGCCAACGUGUACACCAACGAGCCGGGUACGGCGCCGUCGGCGCCCGCCGCCGCCGCCUACACCGCUCCUGCAGCUGCGCCCGUGGCAAGGCCUGCCCUCCCUGCUGCUCCCGUUGUUGCCGCGGCUCCGCUUAGACCCGUAGCCAGACCUGCCCCCGUGGCCUUCCCGGCUCCCCCACCGGCUCCCCUGGUGUACGGACCCGCUCCUGUGGCUAAGGCUGUCCCAGCUCCGUACCCAGCGGUGUUCCACGCCCCGGCCUCCUACUUCGCACACCCGGUUCCCGCUGCUGCGCCAGUCGUCCACUCCGUCGCACCAGUCGUGCCGGCGGCUCCGGUUGUGCCGGCCCCCGCACCUGUGCUACCCGCGCCAGUUCACUAUGGCCCACCGGCGCCCCUUCACUAUGGCCCACCGGCGCCCCUUCACUAUGGCCCACAGGCGCCCCUUCCCUAUGGCGCACCGGCACCACUUCACUAUGGCGUGCGGCCGCCAGUAGCCCUAACUGCUCCGGGGCCUUCACCGCUCGCGGUCGCACACGCGCCCUACGUUCACUACUAUUAGGACACCCUGACGGACUCUCUGGGACGUCCUAAUCAUUCAUUCCAUCGUUCACGUCAUUACCAAGCUCUUUUUUGUCAAGUGAUGACGGAAAGAGGUCUGCAUGCAUGUAGCGUGGCGGAAAGCUAUGAAUGUGAAGAACUCGCUUCUCAGCUGAGAAUAAAUU